AUGUCAGCACCCGUCAGCGCCCCCGCCCCAUCGCACGCCACCUCUGGCCAGACUGUGGUCAACCCCAUCAGCGGACACGAUCUCACAGCCAAGCAGACCGCUGCGCACAACUACGACGAGAUCCUGAAGCGGAGUACAAACAAGGACGACAAGCAUGUGGUCGUCAGGGAGGUUGUGCCUGGGAUCGUGACCUUCUCUAUCCCUUUUGCUCGGGCUGGCGCUGUACCUAUCGGAGGUAGAAGUACUGCAAUUCGCCACGGCUCCGGAAAUGUCCUCAUCUACGUCUCGUCUCCCCACACCCCUGCUACCGCCGAGAUCCUCGAGGGGUUGGGCGAAGUCAAGUGGCUCGUCACCCCUGAUGGAGAGCAUGGGAUCAGCUUUGAGCAAUACAUUCAAGCCUACCCUAACGCUAUGACCAUCGGCGUACCGCGUCUCAAGGCCAAGAUGCCAAAGGUCAAGUGGACUGGUAUCUUUGGUGAAGGUGGCGAGACACAGCAAUACGGCUUCGAGGACGAGAUGUCGAUCCACCGGGUUUCAGGACACGUCAACGACGAGCUGGUCCUCCACCAUGCUCCCAGCGGUACGCUUAUCCAGGCGGAUAUGCUCUUCAACCUGCCUCCAACCGAGCAGUACAGCCGAGCCGGCGGUAUCCCCGGGCUCAUGAAGAUGAUGGGCGGUGGAUCGACCAUGUCGCCGGACGGAUGGGUGCACCAGAAGAUGGCGUUCGGUAUGGCCAAGGACAAGGAUGCAUUCAAGAAGGAGAUUGCACCGAUCAAUGCGCUCAAGUGGGACCGAAUCAUCCCCUGCCACGGGGACGUCAUUGAGACUGGCGGAAAGGUUGCCUGGGACAAGGUGUGGGGCAAGUACUCCGCUUAA